AUGUGUGGUUCAGACAUUUUCCUAGCAAUCCUCGCCGUCUUUUUCCCCCCAGUUGCGGUGUGGAUCAAAGUAGGCAUUUGUACGGCCGACUCACUCAUUAACCUUGCUCUUUGCUGCCUGGCCUAUAUCCCGGGCCUCCUGCACGCCUGGUACAUUAUCCUCAAGUACCCCGAGCCAGACUAUGAUGAUAACAACUACGCGCCUCUUCCCAACCACGGAGGCGACGCCGAGAACGGUCGCGUCACAUAUUACUAUGUUUCUCACCAACCCAUCCAGCACCCAUCACAGCGGGGAUAUGGCACCAUGCCUUCACAGCAACCCCAGGCAGGGCAUGCGCAGUCUCAACAGCAACACCCCGCACCGCAACAACAGCACGAAAAUGCCCGAGGAGGCGCCAGCAGCAGCGGCGAUCAUGCUGACUCGCGACCACCUCCCACGUACGCCGAAGCUGUCAAGGGAGACAACAAAGUGCAACACUGAAUGGGUAAGCUGUGGAUGAAGGGGGCAUGAUGCAGUUGCUUCGCAACGGUUGCUAUAGGUUGCCUCAGAAGACUGCUUGCGGCUCCCGAAGAGACCAGUGAAGGAAUGCUUUGCAUCUCCGUGUGCUCUUACUCCUCACUGGACAUUACGAACACUUUGCUUACAACGAAUGGUAAUGGAUAAUGACACUGUGAUAUAUUAUUUGCUCAAUUGUCUUUGAUCACCACGGCCACCCGGUACUCUCCAGGUGGAACAGUCUCGGGGAACCGCUCUCUGAUCUGGUUCCUGAAUGUGCUCCUAUGAUAAUAAACAGGGGAAGUUAUAUUAGUUCUAGUGGUAGCUCUAGGUUCGCACAGAUUAUUCAUGUUCUUUAGUAUGUUAAAACGCGCGAACAAUUUAACCAUAAUCCC